GACACCAUCAUUCUCCAAUUGUAGCCACAGAGCAGCAGCAACAGAACAGAAAUUAAAAACACCCGAAUCAUGAGGACUGCUAUAAUUCUACCUGCUGCCAUCCUGGUCUGUUUGUGUGUCAUAAGUGAUGCCCGUUACAAUCGUGCUUCAGGAUUGCAAGUGCAGCCCAGGACUGUCAAAGGGUAUGCCAACCAACAACCAAGGGUGAUUAUCAUCAACCAAGACAGACCUAGGCAGGCUGCACGGGUACCUACUGCUGCACGAUCUGGAUACGCACCACGACACGGCAACGGAUACAACAACUUCCUCAACGACUACCUCCUUGCUGAUGCCCUUGAUAUCAACCAUCCCGGUCUAUCGUACGGCUUAAACGAGAUUGCCUCCCCUUACGCCCCCUCCGCCCGUACAGGUAGAAACAGCUACGACCCUCUCUACGCUGCGCUCAUCUUGGACCAACUUGACGCUCAGCCAAUCGUUGGUUAGAUCAUGUGCAUGUUAGGAAGCAAGUUUUCGCGGAGCGAGAUGAGACUGUUUUGAGAUUAUGCUCUUUGUGUAAUGGUUUCUGUCUAAUGAAAUAAAUGUUUCAUUGACAA